CUGGGUCUUGUGUGGCUCCUGCGGGGCUCGGAGGUGUCCCGUUUUACUGGCCCAGCGAGCCUGAGUAAGCAUGAAGCUCUUAUCUUUCGUGGCGGUAGCCGGGUGUUUGCUGGUACUCCCAGCUCAAGCCAGCAAGAGUUCUGAAGAUAUUCGGUGCAAAUGCAUCUGUCCACCAUAUAGGAACAUCAGUGGGAACAUUUACAAUCAGAAUGUGACACAGAAGGACUGCAACUGCCUGCACGUGGUGGAUCCCAUGCCGGUGCCUGGCCACGAUGCGGAGGCCUACUGCCUGCUGUGCGAGUGCAAGUAUGAGGAGCGCAGCACCACCACCAUCAAGGUGAUCAUCGUCAUCUACCUGUCGGUGGUGGGCGCCCUCUUGCUCUACAUGGCCUUCCUGAUGCUGGUGGACCCUCUGAUUCGAAAGCCGGAUGCGUACACUGAACAGCUGCACAACGAGGAGGAGAAUGAGGAUGCCCGCUCUAUGGCAGCCGCUGCUGCCUCCCUGGGGGGACCCCGAGCAAACACAGUCCUGGAACGCGUGGAAGGCGCUCAGCAGCGGUGGAAGCUGCAGGUGCAGGAGCAGCGGAAGACAGUCUUUGAUCGGCACAAGAUGCUCAGCUAGGUGG